AUGGAAAAAGCGAUCAAUUCAAUCGGUCCUAGUCAACCCUCUAUCAAGAAGACGAAUAAAACAACAUUUAACAAGGAUAUUUCCAAAAUUGAUAGGCUGGUUAAACUGUAUAAGCAACUGAGAUUGGCAAUAACGAAACUGGAGAAACGUGAAGUAUCUUUUGGUGAAGAUUACGAUGAACAAUUUGAAGAAGCUUGCAACAGACGUCUGCUAAAACUUACACAAAAGCAUUUACGUAUACAUAAGUAUUUGGUUCGGAAAGGGAUUUUUGUGAAUGACACAGGCGAAACCAUCUUUCCGGAUGUGAAGCCAAAGCUAAUGAUAACUUCAACAGGUGUUGAAGAUCUGAAUAUACUUUUGACUGAAUAUGUUAAUCAAGAAACUGACUCUGAAGUUUUGGGCUGUAAAGUACGAAUACCUUACAAACAUGUUACUGUGAACGACGUGAAGGUGCUGGUAGAGAAAUUAAAGGAAACGAACAAUCAACUUUUUCGAGAUGAUCCUUUGGAAUUCGAUCAGUUGAUUCAAAAUAUUGCAUGCGAAGUAAAUAAAUUGGUGAAGCGGUUCAUUGAAGAUAAUCACCGGAUGGGUCUUGCCGAUUGGGUGGUUUCAGAUCAAGCAAGUGAAUGUGGAAAUCUCCCUUCUACGUCAGCUGAUGUAGAUGCUAUAGAAGAUAGAGAACAUUCAUUGAACGUUCCAACUUGGGAUAUUGCUAAUAUAGAAUUGCAUGAGGCAUGUGGUCGAGGCGAACUGGACUGUCCGGAACCUGAAAGCAGUGGCGAUAUAGAUGAUACUGAAAUGUCGCCGACCGCUGAUGAGGAGGAAGACGGAGAGGAAUGCGAGGAUGACACUCAAAAUAGUGUAUCAUUUUGUUUUCAUUCAGAAAAUUUCUUUGUACGUGGUUUAAAUGCAGCUAAUGAAGAUAUGGAGAAUAAAAAUAACAAGUCUGAUGACAGUUGCUGCAUUGUUGAAGAACGAGUACAUGGAAAGGGCGAGAGAAGUGACGACAGUGAUUGCUGCAUAAUAGAAGGUGACGAAAAGGCGAUUUUAGAAAAUUUUGUUAACGAAGAUAUCGAAAACAAAGAUGCACAUUCAGUGAAUGAUGCAGAUCUUUCGGAAAAUGGAAAGGAGCAUACGGAAUUGGAUGGAAUAGUUAAUGAUGAUGACGAUUGUUGUAUUAUCGAGGACUAA